GUUGGUGUGUGGUGUGUCUGUGUCGGCGGCCCCGAGAGCAGCCGCAGUGUGCUCUCCCUGCUGCUGUAUAGGGUGUUUGGCCACGUCAGUUCGCUGUUGAUCCGGCCGUGCACUUAGCAGGAUUCUGUCUUCCCGCGCACCGAAAACAACCUAAAAAUGAAUCUGUUUCGACUACUGGGGGAUCUGUCCCACUUGUUCGCCAUAAUAAUACUGUUGCUGAAGAUUUGGAAAACUCGAUCGUGCGCCGGCAUCUCGGGUCGUUCUCAGCUGCUCUUCAGCAUUGUCUACGCUGCUCGGUAUUUGGACUUGUUCACGUCAUUUAUUUCGCUGUACAACACUGUGAUGAAAGUCAUCUUCCUUGCCGCAUCGAUUGGAACGCUUUACCUGAUGUGGGUGAAAUUCAAAGCUACCUACGACCGUAACCACGACACAUUCCGCGUGGAGCUUCUUCUCGGACCCUGCGCGCUCCUCGCCCUCGUCAUCAAUCACGAAUUCACUUUCAUGGAGAUUCUGUGGACCUUCUCGAUCUAUCUUGAAGCCGUGGCGAUCCUACCGCAACUGUUCAUGGUCUCGAAGACAGGCGAAGCCGAGACUAUUACAUCGCACUAUCUAUUCGCUUUGGGUUCAUAUCGUGCUCUGUAUGUCCUCAACUGGAUGUACCGAUACUACGCGGAGAACUUCUACGACGUGAUUGCUAUAGUUGCGGGAGUCGUCCAGACCGUAUUGUACUGUGAUUUCUUCUACCUUUACGUCACGAAGGUCAUCAAAGGGAAGGCUUUGAAAUUACCCGCGUAGACCUUCGGUAGAUUAAAAUUGAUGAAGACCUGAAAGAGCGAGAGAAAGAGAGAAAGAAAGAUAAGCGGUGUUAGUUUUUAUCGAGAAGAGCGAGAUGUGAAAGGUUUCAAAUUUAUGAAGCAUUUUGUAAAUAAAAGAGAGUUUCUAUUGUAAUGUACUAUCUGCGUGAAUACGAGAUUUCAUUCCAAGUCGAAACGGCGCUCGACAGAAGGAAGCUCAAAAGGUGGCGGGAACCUGAUGAAUGGCGGAAGGUCAUCGUGGACUCAUGCGUCUCCUCACCAUCGAUGCGCAAUUUCAGCUCUGGGGCCGGAAUAGAACGCACACCCCGACCCGAGGGCGCUAGUGUUCCUCGCUCGAGCUAGAACCCCUAACAGUCAUGCAUGAUUCAAACUUUUCGGCCUAUGUUCAAGCAUGAGUGCGUGCGUCCAGUUGUCAAGCGAGAAGUCCGAGAAUAAAGGAUACAACUGAACACCCUCAAA